ACUUGCCUAAUUAUUUUAUAGUCAAAGUCAGUCUUCAGCAGCAAUCGUGUUCGAGUGAUUACGACGUUUUGGUUUUUGUGAAAUCCAAGUGAAACUAGUGCGUCCUACUAAUUUUCACCGCAUUCGUAACCCUAUUUUCGUCACCAUUUCACGGACAGGUGUUAAACUUUGGUGUUUCAAUCAUGGCUCUAAUUUGUAGUAGUAUUUCUAAUAAUAUGAACGUUUUUAGUAAAAGUGUAAGUGACGAUGAUAACGAGAUGAUGGCUACGCUGAACAACCAGUACUCCGUCAACCUGCGUGCAGGGCCUCUGUGGUGCUCCUAUGUCGCCCAUACUGCAGGAUUAACCCCUACGGCACACCAUAGAAAGGAGAGCUAUGGCGGUGUGGGUGACAUAUUCAAGCUCUCAGAACAACGAGGCAAAGAAAUCGUUCAGGUAGCUCGUCAAAAGGGCUAUGUGAACAUCCAGUUCAAGCUCCAUCUGACCGAGUCGAAACUUGAUGUGUGGAAAACUGUUUUGAAAAAUGGGAUCUUGUACCUAACAAUCCCCGAUCAUCUGCUUCCCGAAGGAUCCAAAGAGGCUUUCAUUGCGCUCCUUGAGUAUGCUGAGGAGGUGCUCCACUGCACCAACAUCAUCAUGUGUGUCAAGAAAAACCGUGAGGAUAGGGCCUUAUUGGUCAGAACGUUCAUGUUUCUUGGAUUUGGUAUGAUGGCUCCCGGCAAUCCACUCAUACCUCAACCGGAAGAUCCAAACUAUCUCUAUCUUAUCUACAAUAUUGAGUAAAAAGUCUCUCGAUAAACCUAUGUCUCAUAAAUCCUAGCUUUUUUUUCGGCUGACCUUCACUUAGUAUGCUAUCAGUGAAAUUUCCUCCAUUCUUUCUUUUGCACCCUCAAUAGCCUAUUUUCAAUUUUAGUGUUCGUAAAAUUAUCAAUAGCAUCAAAAUUUGCCAUUUCAAUUGUGUAACGUUUUAAUCGAAAAUAUAGUUUGCUUAUUUUUCUGUGAAACCAUCAUGCCAGGUUUUGGAUCUUGUUGAGACAGCAUACUCAGCUCUUGUAUAUACCUAUGUCAAGUUUAUCCAUACUGAAGUUUAUUCGUCCUGUAUUUUCACGUAAGUUUAUUUUCAAACAUUUAUUUUUCUUUUGUAGUGAGUAGAAUGCUUCAUAUACCUAUCAGAACUAUAAUUGGCACAAUUGUGGCUGUUAGCAGGCUCUUAACUUUCUCAUCCUUACCUUCAACUUAUAAGAUUUUUGACAGAGAAUAUUUCUUCUUGGUCCAUCAAAAAAAUUAAUUUCUGCUCGUUCUUACUGUCAUUUUAUAGUACUUUCAGUUCUUGCUGCAAGAUGACUCAGCUCACCAUAAUUCUGACUUUUAAUGUCUCACCUGUAAUCUGAAAAAAAGGAAGGAACUAACAGAACUACCGAUGUGUAUUGUAAAUUUUCAGGUUGGACGAUCAUAGGUAUUCAGGUUUGUGAAGCUGAAUGGUGUCAUAAUGUGAAGUCAUUCCAAAUUAUUAAUAGUUAAAAUCAUCUCUUUUACACAAUACAUGGAUUUUACAAAGAAUUAUUAUUCCUCUCCCAAGCACUGUAUCCAAAGGAAGUUUUAUGAUACAAAGUUUCAGUAUUGAAAAAUUCAGAUGCAUUUAUUAGAGCUUUAUCAGUUGACCUCUCCUCCUGGUAUCUUUUUUUUUUUUUUUUUUCAAUUUUCAUCUCAACCUCCCCCUCCCCCCCUUUCAAUGCAUCACUAACUUCAUUAAUUUAUUAAAUUAAAUUGUGAAUUAAUCAUCAAAUCCAAGAUUUUCCUCAUCCUACAGCACAUUUGAUUAUUAUUUUGUUUUGUUUUCUCAUCUGUUAAGUAAAUCCUGCUUGGAUGUAAAAAGUUGGAAUUUCCCCGAUGUAUAAAUGAAAGUAAGAACAUCACCAUUUUUUACACAGAGAUGAGCUGAGCAUUGUUUUUUGUUUCCUGAGCAUUGCGUUAUCAAGGAUUGUGUUAUGAAAUUGAUUUGCUUAUCUUGCAGUAAGAAACCUAUCAGUAAUGACCUGUUGAUUUCAGCAAUAGCUUACUUUUCUAAACUAAUUAUCUCAGCUAUUCAACUGAAGGCUUGCUGUUAAAUUCUGAUUUUCACAAAAUUUUUAGAUUUUUAAUUUUAAAUUACAUUUUAUUCAUUACUGACUUAGAAUCGGAUUUUAUUAGAUCGAAAAUAAGAAAUAAAUCAAUUUAUCAUCCGUCUAAUCUGAAUAUAAAUGUAGCAAAAUGUGUGUAAGUAAGUAGGUAUUCUUCUAAUUUACUCAUCGGAAUUUUAUACUUUAGGUACACAGUGGAAUUCGUUUAGUUAAUUACUUUUGUUUCAAUGCAUUUUUUUGGCCCAAAAUUAAUAAUGGAAUUAUAAAAGAAAAGUAUUAAUAAUGUAAAAUCCUUUUUUAAUAUCCGCUUAGAAAUUUUUUCCCUUUAAAUAUCUAAGGUUGCUGUGUAACAUUUCUGUCGUAAUCAGGUAGUUUUCUAAGUACAUUCUAAUUUUUUAUUGUCAUUGCCUUAUUGUUCUGUAAGCUAUAUUCAAUGUUUAAUAAAGUUGAUUAAAAUUAA